AUGGCUCUUAUGAAGCUAAGUGACAGGAUGUCUCUGCAGAUGAAGACAGUUGGAAAGGAACAACAGUUUACUGAGAAAAACAAUGGCUUUCUCCAAAAUACGGAUGUGGCUGAAGGUGCAAUGCAGAAUUUGCAGAGGGAAUUUACCAAAAUGGACCGCAUAUUGGACAGAUCAGAUGAUGAGAACAACAUUUUCUCUGAAAAGCCUCAAAGUGACUUCCAUCAUGUGACAGAGACUACAAAAUGGAAUAUGCCGGAGCUGGGUGCUGAGCAUCACCAGGACCUGCAGAACGAGCAGGAUGAACAAGAAACAAAUCAGGUUCAACAUGAGGAUCCUCAAGUGCCCAUAUCUUUGCAGUUUUCAGAGGAGAGCAUCCCUGAACUGAGUCAGGAGAACACGCUCUACCAGCUAAACCACUGGAAUAUACAGAUGGGUUUACAAGUGAGAGAACUUGGAGCUGAUCACAUAGACUGGAUGGAGAAAAUGAACAAUAUUAUGCAAAAAAUAAACCUAACAGAAAACACAGUGAAGAGCUUAUUAAAUGAGGUGGUGUCCCUGGAGGGCCACAUUGAAAAGCUGGAGUCACAAAAGGACUUUGACCCUGAUAAGGGGGCAAACAUUGAGGAGAAGAUCAUGGAAAUUAAGAAGCAAUUAGAAGAAAUGGAUAACAAAUGUGUCCAGGAAGAUGCUUGUAAUGAAGCUCAUGCAUUAAAGGAGAAACUCAUUGCAAGAAUAAAGAACUUUUACAAAGACAUGACUCUGCUGAAUACAAAGCUGGGGAUGUACCAAAAGCAAGAAGGGAAAACAGACUCUCAGAGUCCUGAAGAAAUGGGAGUGGAAGAAAGAGAACCUCUGCAUCCUCAGGCUCCAUCCCCCCCUUUAGGGGAGAAUGCUCCUUCUGGCAUUACAAUGUGGAAACGUGCACUGAGGAUUUUCAUCAUGUUUUAUGUCCUCACCUUCACUGGACUUUCAUGUUACAUACUAUUUUUUGAUGCUACGUUUAUCUUUGAAAGCCUGCUCCCCACAAUGCUUGGGCACCACAGAAUGUGGGAACUACGGGAGAUCAUCAGGCCUUUCUUGAACUUGCAAGCGGAAGACUUGUUACCCUCCUAAAGAUAUAGAAG